UUCUUCCACACCGCCGCUGUGGCCGCGCGAGAAGAAGCCAUAGCCAUGGCCGCCGUCCCGGCCCCGCCGCCGCCUCUCCUCGCCUCCCACGCGGCCGUCCGGGCCACGGCGUCCGACGUUUCCCGCUUCCGCGGCGCCCGCCUCGCUGGCGACCACCCGCCGCAGGUCGCGGCCCUCCGGCGCGGCGACUGGGUCAAGCUCAUCUGCGGCGCCAGCUUCGAGGAUGCUGCUGAUGUCAGGAACCUCUCCCUUGUCUACACGCUUGCUGGAGUGGAUUGCAUUGAUUGUGCAGCAGAUGCAUCUGUGGUGGGUGCAGUAAAUGAGGGUAUUGACGUAGCAGCCUCAAUCAUACCAGCAGUUCAAAGGCCAUGGGUGAUGGUUAGUGUUAACGAUGAUUGCAGGGACCUUCAUUUCCGUAAAGCUGAAUUUGAUCCUGAGGAUUGCCCACCGGAUUGCUCAAAGCCAUGUGAGAAAGUUUGUCCUGCUGAUGCAAUUUCACUUGAGAGCAUCAUGGUUGGAGGAGAGCACACUCGAUCUGAUCCCUUACAUGGUAAACUUAAGGGUGGUGUUCUUACAGAGCGGUGCUAUGGAUGUGGACGAUGCUUACCAGUUUGCCCUUAUGACAGAAUAAGAGCUGUGUCCUAUGUUCGAGAUCCGAUUACCACUUCUGAACUGUUGAAAAGGAAUGAUGUUGAUGCAAUAGAGAUACAUACCACUGGAAAGGGAACUGAUACAUUCGAUGCCCUCUGGAACAGCUUUAGUGAGUCAAUCAAUAAUGUGAAGCUGGUAGCAGUUAGCCUGCCUGAUAUUGGUGAAUCAACUGUUGAUUUCAUGAAUGUGCUAUACGCAAUAAUGGAGCCUCAUCUUCAAGGGUAUAAUCUUUGGCAGUUGGAUGGCCGACCCAUGAGUGGUGACAUUGGUCGUGGUGCAACAAGGGAAACAGUUUCUUUUGCUAUUCAUAUGGCUUCAGUGCCAGAAAGACCACCUGGCUUCUAUCAGCUGGCCGGUGGCACCAACUCAUACACUAUUGAUUGCUUAAAGAAAGCUGGUCUUUUCCAGUCCAUGACUUUUCCUGGGACAACAACCUCUGAAACAAUCAGUUCUCAACAAGCUUUGAUCGGAGGGAUUGCUUAUGGCGGCUAUGCUCGCAAGAUCAUUGGAAGAACUCUACGCAAAAUACCAGCACAGUUUGGUCGUGUGCACAUCGAGGAUCAUCCAGAUCAUCUGUUGGAGGCAUUACAAGAUGCCCUGUCAUUAGUAGGUCCCGUGAAGGGUUAUCCAGCCCUUUCAAGCAUGAAAUGAGUUCUCCCUCUGUCCCAUAAUAAGUGCAUUUCUAGAGUUCAAAAUUUGUCCAAAAUAAGUGCGCAUCUAGGAAUGGGACCACGCAACUCUAAUUGUUUUUUCUACUUUCUCGGUGCAAUGAUUAUAACUUUACAGGGUAUAUAUGUAAUUUUUCACUAACAUCAAUCUCUUCAUCCAAACUCUAAAAGUGUCCUUAUUUUGGGACAGAGGGAGUAGAUUGACAAUAGGAAGUAGAUGGAUACCUUUUGAACCUAGUUUUUAAGUCUAAUACCAAUUUACCAUCCAGAAAGUGAAGAAAAGAAUGCGGCGUGUUCGACCGCAAUGUUAAUUA